AUUUUCCUAACAUGCGCCGAAUGCGCACGAUCUCCGCCCUCCAUUCGAAAUCAAGACGGCUGCCGUCACGCCAAAUCGGGCCGCUCAUUUUAGCACCCAGCACUAGCAGUUAGAGAGAAAAAGCGCCAAUAAAAUAUCCGUAUCUUCCUUUUUCGGUAUUUUAUUCUGAGCUUUUCGGCAACAAGCGAAGGAAAUUCACUCUCACUUUACAUAUAAGUAAUUUAUGUGCGAAGGAAAUGAUAUAGAAGUGUAGGUACUGGGUAGAUUGGUGGGGGGCUAAAGUGCGCCGGAUUGGGGACGGUGCCGACGUGGCGGCUUGGGUACCGUUGGAUUGGGGUUGCCUAUUUCAGCUGCUCGCGGAGCUUCCCUGCCAUGAUUGAUUGCGAGAAUUGUCAACUAGUUGAUGAAUUGACGCAGCUGCCUAUUUGAUUUUGACGUCGGAGGUGUUGGUUUGGUUUGUGAUGAUCUGGAGAAAUCGAAGUUUGUGGUGGAUUUUGGUGGUGUACUGUAUUGGAUUGGAGUAAUUUUGACCUUUUUUUUUUGUCGGCGGUUUAUCGAUUGGGGUUUUUGAGGUGUGGGAUGGAGUUACUCUAGCGCUUAUUGUUUUAGGGGGCCCAUUUCAACCCUAGUUCGUUAUUGAGGCUGAUAAGAGUGAUGGAGAAGAGUGAGAUGGGGAAGACCGGGGAUGGGUUUAUUGAUCGGAGUAAAGUGAGGAUUUUGUUGUGUGAUAAUGAUGUGAAAAGUUCUGAGGAGGUUUUUACACUUUUGUGUAAAUGUUCUUAUCAAGUGACUGCUGUAAAGUCACCAAGACAGGUGAUUGAUGCACUGAAUGCAGAGGGGCCUGAUAUAGAUAUUAUUCUUUCUGAGGUAGACCUUCCAAUGUCUAAAGGACUGAAAAUGUUAAAAUAUAUUAUGAGGGACAAAGAGUUGAGACGAAUUCCUGUGAUAAUGAUGUCAGCUCAAGAUGAGGUUCCCCUUGUUGUCAAGUGCCUGAAAUUUGGAGCAGCUGACUAUCUAGUGAAGCCAUUACGUACAAAUGAGCUGUUGAACUUGUGGACUCAUAUGUGGAGAAGAAGGAGAAUGCUUGGACUUGUGGAGAAGAACAUCAUAAGUUAUGAUUUUGAUCUGGUGGUUUCAGACCACAGUGAUGAUGCUAACACCAAUAGCACUACCUUAUUUUCGGAUGACACAGAUGACAAGUCCCGAAAGAGUACUAACCCAGAGAUGUGUGUCUCAACUCACCAAGAAGAUGAGAUAGAUACCACCACAACUGCUCCUAUAGCUACUGUAGAUGAGGCUCGGCGGGAGUGUCAGCCUGAUGUGCCAGGAAUAAGUGACAGGCGUACAUAUGAAAUGAGGAUAGGACAAAUUUUACCUUUUUUAAGGAAGAAUGAAUUCAAGAUAGGUGAAUCAUCUGCUUUCUUCACCUAUGUCAAAUCCAGCAUAUCCAAAAGCACAAACCAUGGGUCUUCUUCUGUUCCUGAAAAUACAGCUCAGCAUGUGAGCUUUGUGGAGAAUCACAUACUGAAUGGUGAAGUGGGUUUUAGCAUCGAAGCAGAAAAGACCAUACUGAAUGGUGAAGUGGAUUUGAGCGUCCAACGAGAAAAAACUCAUGAGACCCUCGAAAACCAGUUGCCGCCAGAUGAACAACCAAGCAGUAGUAGUGCUCCUGAAUCGUUUAUUAUGGACAGGUCAUGCACUCCUCCUAAAUCACUGGAUAUAUCUCAACAGAGGAACUCAAAGGAGUUCUCUCAGGAGCAUAUGCAUUUAGGAAAUGAUUCUCCUAAUGAUGUGACUGGAUCUUACCCAUAUCCUUAUUACAUGUCUGGAGUAGCAAAUCAAGUGCCCAUGUCAUCAGCAUCUAUGUAUCCUAAGAUCAACCACGAUAUAAGCAACCGUGCUAAUUCUGCUUUGAUUCCUCAGUACAAUCAUGUUCCACAAUGUCCUCCUCACAUCCCUGGAAUGGCAUCUUAUCCUUACUACCCGUAUGGUAUAUGCUUACAACCAGGUCAAAUGCCUAGUCCACAUCCAUGGCCAUCAUUUGGAAAUUCUACGUCCAGUGAAGUGAAGUUAAGUAAAGUUGACCGUAGAGAGGCGGCACUGUUGAAGUUUAGGCAGAAACGGAAGGAAAGAUGCUUCGACAAGAAGAUCAGGUAUGUGAAUAGGAAAAAACUAGCAGAGCGUAGACCUCGUGUAAGGGGCCAGUUUGUGAGGAAGGUGAAUGGUGUUGACGUGGAUCUUAAUGGCCAACCUGAAGAUGAUGAGGAAGAAGGGGAAGAAUAUGAUGAGGAUGAUCAAACUGCUAAUAUGGAACUUUCACACGAGGAUGGUGUGUCCAUGUGCCAAUAAUGAUCCUUACCCAAUGAAGCCUGCAGAAACAGAAAGCAUGCGGGUCUUGUUGCUCACUGUUGAUUAGUACAGAUAACAUGUGACAGAUCCUCUCCGAUCAUCACCAAAUGGUUUUGCAUUCAUCUUUGAGAUCUUCCACGUGUAAUCAUAAAAGAUAAAUAUCUCUGGACAUGAAGGUAGGAGUACGUAGAGCUAUUCUUGGAGAUUCUCGUUGGGUCUGGGCUGAGGAGACGAUUUGUGGAUUUCUGCAAGUUCUUUAACUGUCUCUCAUUGGAUUCUCGAGAUUGAGGAAAAAGGUAAAGUUAGAUAUAUCAUAUCUGGAUUAAUUUCCAACAGCGACACUUACAGACCGCUUAUAUUUUAGCUGAAACUAUUGCCAUCCUACCCACAGUGGAUGAUAUAUAAGACCCAUUUCUGAAGUGCUAAGGGUAUCUUUACCAUGAGAAUUUAGCUAUGACUUCCCUUUUACAUGACUUGUUUCUAAAUAUAACAAAAUUUGUGUUGUGUUUGUUUGCUACAUAUGUUUUGAUAUGGUUGAUACAGAAUAAGAUAUUCUAUAA